GACAUGUCAUAUGAAAAAUUUUUCACUCUGUCAGCCGUGAAAAUCAAAGACUUGUGCAGUUUUUUACGUUUAUAGUUUUUGUUAAUUUUUUGUGCAAAGCGGCCAUGUUGUGGAAAUCGCUGUUAGCGCUGUGCGUCAUUGGAGUCGCCUUGGGCGAGCAGACGCCCGUUUUUCUAUGGGGCGCCAACAGCGUAUCGAAGCCCUCGUUGCGCACUGUGCCUCAAGCAGAGUUUGAAGGGCAGCUGGCAACAUUGCUGGAAGAUCACAUGGUUGUGGCCUUCGAGGAAAAUGGCCUGAGCAACAAGGACUUUCUGUGCGCAAAUGACGAGUCCCAGUCGUGCUACGCUCAACUGCAAAGCGCUAGCCCCAAGACGUACUACACGAGCGUGGAGAACCCCACCGAGGCGUUGCGUGCUGCGGCCAACAAACGUGAACACAACAUCAUCACUGCCAAGGGCGAGCUGCUGAGUCCACUCAAGUGUGAGGUCGGCAAGGCUGUCUUUGUUUCUUUCGAGGAUGCGGCAGAGACACGUGCUGCUACGCUGCAGUCACAUGACUCUGCUUUGGGUGCUGUGGCCAAGCAGUUGGACUGCAAGGUUGCGUAUCUGUAUAUGGCUGCGCCAGCUACUGCGCCAGUGGUGCAACGUCGCCUGCGUCGCUGGACUGCUGCCGAGAUCACAGGUCAACGAUUCUUUCAGUCCAAUCAGUUUGCCAUCUAUUAUACCGGCGUAUUCUACAAUAAUGAAGCGAUUCCUGUGGUCAGCAUGCUCAUCAAGAAUGCCACUGCCAAUAGCUUUAGCGUCGCACUCAACACCAGCGAUGUCACCAAGGCCAUUACCUUCGAUAUCACCUACAGCAGCCAGGACGGUUACUACACACUGAGCAAUGCCAAAUACAACGGCAUGAGCUUCCGCACACCCGGCGUCAAUGCGCCCACAACCUUCUCGUUCUCUUGCGGCAACGCCACCUGGUAUACACCAGCAAAUGCGGAGAAUAAGGUUAACAAGCUGAGAUUCAAUUCGCUGCAGCUGCAGGCGCCUUUCAGCGCUAAGGCCAAGGAAAACUUUGCCUUUGGCGAUUCGUGGGAUUGCGUCGGUUUUGUCACGCCUGGCAUACUGAUGGGUCUGUUUGUGGUGGUCAUACUGCUGGUGAUUGUCUUCCUGGGCGUCUGCUGGAUGAUGGAUAUCAAUACCAUGGACCGUUUCGAUGAUCCCAAGGGCAAGACUAUUACAGUCAAUGCGAGCGCUGAUUAAGCGCUUAGCAAACCACACACAAAUUGUUCUUCAUUAUUAAUUUCCUUUUUCGUUUAUUAUAUACACAUAUACAAUAUUCAUUCCUACCUAACUAAAAUUCAGGAAAUUAGCAGCCACAAUUUAUAAAUCAUAUACGACGAAACAACAAUUUAAGCCCGCAAAGCAACAAAAUCCAUUCAGCAUCAAUUUUGUGCUUUGCAGUCGUUAAAUUGUUCAGCGAAAUUCUAUUGUUUGCCACGACUUUUGUUAUUGUUUUAAGCUUAAGCUAAUCAAAUCAAUCAAUACGCACACAAUGCGCGAACAAUGUAUGCGUGUGCAUUAGUAUGUGUAUGUGUGUGUGAGAGACCAGUUUUUAAGUUAGAUUUGUUUGUUUUUUUUUCAGUCAGUAUGUGAAAACGUAAUUUAUGCCCUCGUAUGAUAAUUUAUCGGUUACACUCACUUACACACUAUAUAUACACUAUAUAUAAAAUACUGUAACUGUAUGCAAGACACAAGCUACCAAAAUAAAGUUUUUCAAUUGUUUUACAAAAC